AUGUUGGGCUGGGUUCUUAGACGAGGGUUGGAGGGCGCGUCAGGAGGAAAUAGAGCGAACGCAGGCGCAGAUGACACAACCCAAAUCGAACAGCCAGAUACGCCAGCCCCCGUCUUCGCUGCUCGGGCACUGAAGAGUGCAAUCUUUGGCACACCUGCCCGACCCGACGACGAGCGCGACGACAGAGCUGCCAGAAUGGCGCGUCAGAAGAACGUGGACGAUUCCGACGCAGAGUCGCGUACACCGGUGAAGCAGCCUCAAGGCAUCCUGCUCACCCCAGGGACCGGCACUUCUCGACGGAAACGCGUCUCGUUCGGAAACGAUGUGCUAGAGAAAGCCGGCAAUAAGAAGGGCAAGGGCAAAGAUACGGAGGAGCGACCCGGAAAGUUUCCUAGCAGCUUCGAGAGCACAGGCGGCGAUUCUGCGAGCAAGCGCACGAGAUUGACCGAGGCGAUGGAGAAGUCGCGCCGGGAGAAAGGAACCCCGGUUUCGCGGGAGACCCAACAGACGCGUCCUCAGCAAUCCAAAGGCGAGGACGCUGAGGAUGAAUGGGAGGAAGCCGACGACGACCAAUGCGCCCAGGACGCCACGAUUGACCUUAACGAGCCUCAUUCGCGGUCCGGAAAGUACUGGAAGUCAGAAUUUGAGCAGUAUCACCAGGACGCUAAAGCCGAGAUGGAGAAACUGCUCAAGUACAAGCAGCUGGCUAAAUCGUACGCCAAGAUGAAGGACGCUGAGGCUAUCGACCUGAACUCGAAGCUCAAGGAAGAACAGGACAAGGUUGCCGAGAUGGAGAAGAGAAUCGCCGACAUGGCGGCGCAAAUAGCUGCCAAGCGCGUCAGUGGCGAGGAACGAGACAAUCCCCAGCUUAUGAAGGACCUGGCGAAACAGACCGCGGUUGCUGUCGAAUACAGGACUCAGGUCAAAGAGCUGGCGGCCCUGCUGGAAAACCGCGAUGAGGAGGAAGGAGACGGACGUAGACGCCGGCGUCAAGCUGCUUCGCCCAGAACGCAAAAGACCCUGAUGGAGACACAGCGCGAACUCAGAAAGGCCAGAGCUCAGGUCAAGGAGAACGGCGAACUAAAAGAAGAAAUCGAAAAGCUCAAGUCCGACCUCCUUUUUGCGGAACAGCGAGCAAACAAGUUGGCUGAGGAGAACAAGCGACUGGCCGAAAAGCAGCCAUUGCCGGACAAGGCGAGCUCGGCAUCGACUGCGGAGUUGGAAGAGCUGAAAGCGCUCCGAGAAGCCUCUCGUCAGAAAGACGAGGAACUGCGGCAGCUAAAGGGAGACUUCGAUGCUUACAGGGCGGAGGCCGAAGCCACGCAGGAGGAGACCAGGCGUAUCCUCGAGAAGGCCACCGAUAAGAUUAACGAUCUGAAGAAGGAAGUCAAGGCACUGAAGUCUGGAGCAGUCGACGGUCACAAACCUAAGUCAUCUGUGAGCUCUCUGCCUGAACGGGAGACCGCCGAGAAGAAGGAGGACAGAAGACAUCGAAACCAGGAGAGGCACCGGCCUGACGCUGCCGAAAAGGUCCGACCCUCGGCUGAUACAAAACGACACAGCCUCGAUCUUGUUGAGUCUCUCGGCAAGAAGCUCAACCAGUCGAAGUCACACAAUCUCCGGGACAAGUACCAGCAGGAUGGCGAUUCAUUUUCAUCGGAAGAGGAAGAUCUGGCCAAGGUACCCACGGGACGUCCCAAGUCCGAGAUCAUCUCAGGUCGAGUCGGCUUGGAGAAACCUAAGUGGCGCCCUUUCAUCCCCAGAUCACCUCGCAACAGGGCGUAUCUCGGAUCUGAUCUGAACGACCGAAUCGUCAGCGCGAGCGAGGUCCCAUCCGGAACUACGCCAGCACCGCGACACAGAUUCGCCAGCAAAGAAAACAACCCGCCCAUCGACCUGUUGCAGGAUCGAUUUGCUCGACUCGGCAUGCCCGAAGCCGAUGCUAGCACCAUCUUGGCGGCAAACAUGUCGAAGAGCACCCUACCACCAGAGCGACGAGCCGCGGCCAUUGCACGAAUUGAACAGAGAAAGGCAGAGAAGAGGCGCGCAUUGGCAGGCCUUAACAAGGAGAACAUGCGACCCUGA